UGUCCGUAAUCUGCGUGUCCAGCGCGUCCUGGCGACACGGGGACCUCGUCAGGCGUCGUGCAGCGCUCUAGACGCCUUCAGCAACGUCCCCGAGCCUCGUACGCGCAUACGCGACUUCCUCGCGUAUUCACCAUCGAUCCGGGCGCGGAACCUUGGUGUCAGCAUCAUAUGCACCCCGAGCUCCACUCCACUCUGCUCGCUCAUAGAUUCGCGGCCCUAGAAGGGCGCUGGCGGGACUAUAAAGGGCUCACCGGACGCAGUCAUCGCUCAACAGCCGCGGCCGCCUACUACCGCGCAACAAACAUACCUUUCAUCCAAAGGAUACCCUAUUCAGCAUGCUAGCGCGCACACCGUCGCCGUCGGCUCUUCCGGUUCGCGCUGUCGAGCGCACCGCGGAGGGGAACGUCGUCCCCUUCCCCCAAGUGCCCACCGAGAUCCUGCGCGACAUUGUCGACGUUGCCGCCGCCUCAUCUCCCAAGACCGCCGCGGCGCUCACCCUCACCGCGUCCCACGUCCGCGAAUGGGUCCUCCCCAUGAUGUAUCACACCGUGGUGCUCUCGACUUCACCGUCGAUCACCAAGUUCCUCGCCGCCGUCUCGUCCACCCAUGUCCCGCCCACCUCUCGUCUACGUCCACGCGCGCCGCUACCCGACCUCGUGCGCAACCUUGCGAUCCUGGCUCUCGGACCUGUCGACUCCAUCGUCAGCAUCAUCGAGCGCUGUCGCUACGUCCAGAAUCGGGCGUGUGGCUUCUCGCUGGCAGGGUACAAGCAGCGUACAGCACCUCUCGAGUCUGACGAGGGCGCGGACGCCGUUGCGCGUACUCGCCUCGCCGCGCGAGAGCAACACUUCCUCGGCCUGUCCUGUCGCGACGGCUUCCACCCUGCCCUCAUUGCCCCCAGCACUACCCACCUCCAACUCCAGCUGGUGCCUCAGACCGCGCACCUCCUCAGCGGCAUUCCCGAGCACGUACCCUCCCUCACGCACCUCGCCGUCAGCCUCUCCGCGUCAACGCCCGCCUCUUCCCUCCCCCAACUCCUGCCCGAGCUCGUGCAGUUGCUUCGCAACAGCAGCACGCUCCAAGUGCUCAUGGUGCAGGUUGCCGGCUUCGGGCACGUCAAGCUGACGGAUGCGCUCGAUGAGUGGCGCAGCAGCACUGCUCAGGACGACCGCGUCGUCGUCUGCGCGGCGCCGAUCUCGCUCGUGCGUCAAUGGACGGAUACCAAUGGCUUUGCUGUUGGUGGGCUAUGGCGCAAGGCCGAGCGCGUCGUGCGCGAGCGGCAGGAGAACCGGAGGAGGGAGGCAGAGGAGCGGGAGAAGCGCAUUCGGCCAAUGGUUCGCUUUCAGGCCAUCCCUCGACCAGAGAUGGGAAGGAGGAAAACAUCGUCGUCGCGGGUGCGCCGCUUGCGGAGCAGGAGUCGGAGCAGGACGAGCGAGCGCUUCAUUGUCUGAGGUCGCUAGCUCUCGCGCAGUAUUUAUUGUGCUAUCUAUCUCGUCAUGUUGUUGUACUUUUAUCUUGAUACCCACCACAAUGACCACGCACAGUACAUCCACCGCCAAGUCCCA